AUGUCGAUUGAUCUGAAGCCAGUAGAUCUUAAACAGGGAAAGUGGUUAAACGAACCCAAGACCUGGACCAUUGAGAAUAAUGAGCUGACUGUCACCACUGAUAAAGCCCGUGAUUUCUGGAGAGAGACUUUCUACGGGUUUGUGAGAGACAGCGGACAUUUCUAUGGAUUCUCAACAGGCAACAACUUCACUGCCCAACUGCGAGUCAAGGGUCAGUUCCACGAACUUUAUGACCAGGCCGGUCUGAUGGUACGAAUCGACGAGUCACACUGGAUCAAAGUCGGAGUUGAGUUCACGGAUGGCGAGAGAUACUUCAGCAGCGUUCUGACCAACCCCACCUCGGACUGGAACGUGGCGCAGCCAUUCGAUAACUUAGAAGAUUUCUACAUCCGAGUAACCGUGUCCAAAGGCUCUAUCCGUGUACAAAGCUCAAGCGACGCCAAACUGUGGCACCUCGCACGACUAGCACCAUUCCCCCAAGCCGACAACUACCUCGUCGGACCCAUGACCUGUACCCCCGAACGCGAGGGACUCACCUCCACCUUCUCCGAGUUCGAACUGGGUCCUGCCAUGACCAAGGACCUGCACGACCGGACAUGA